CUCUCUCUCUCUCUCUCUCUCUCUCUAGGCUCGCUUCGCUCGCGCUCCCAUGGCGUCCGCCGCCGCCGCCGCAGCUCCGUCGAAGCCGGAGGUGCUGGCCCUGUUCCGGUCCCUGCUGCGCACGGCGCGCGCGUUCUGCGACUACAACGUGCGGGAAUACGCGAAACGGCGGGCCGCCGACGGGUUCCGCCGCAACAGGGGCCUCGCCGAUCCGUCCGCGAUCUCCGCCGCCUUCUCCGACGGCAAGGGCCAGCUGGAGGUCGCGAAGCGGCAGGCCGUCGUCUACUCCCUCUACGCUCCCGAGGUCAAGAGCGUCAUGGAGCUCGAGCGCUGAAAAUCGGGGAGGGGGUCUUCCGUGCGCUUUCUCCCGUUGGGUCAUCAUCUGGGCUAGUCUUUUUUUGCUGAGGCUUAAUGGCUGGUAUGAGAAAGGAGCUCUCUUUUUUGUAUUAUAUUGCGGUAUUGAGGAUUGAACAGUGUAUUGGGAUACGCAGUUUCAGCUUAAUAAAUGGUGAAAUCAUAGUUUUUU